AUGAUAUUUGUGUUUGUGACGUACUGUGUACAGGAGGAGCGAACCGUCCGUGAUCGGACCCUCCUGGAGGUGAAGGACUCGGAUCAUCACAUCCAGUGGAAGGUCAAGUUCCUCCUGGGCAACAGCAGCAGGCAGAUCUCUCAGUGCAGAAACUCCAUUCAGGGAAAGAGCCUUCUCACGGAUGAACUGGGUUAUGUGUGUGAGAGGAACGAUUUGCUGGUGAAUGGAUGUUGUAACGUUAAUGCUCCCAGCUCAAGCCAGUAUGUCUGUAAAAGCUGUCUGGCCAAUGGCUGUUGUAGCGUCUAUGAGUACUGUGUUUCCUGCUGCCUCCAACCAGAUAAGCAACCUCUAUUGGAACGUUUUCUAAACCGAGCAGCAGAAGGGUUCCAGAACCUCUUCACCGCCGUGGAAGAUCAUUUCGAGUUGUGUCUUGCCAAGUGUCGUACUUCCUCACAGAGCGUCCAACAUGAAAACACCUACAGGAACUCGCAGGCAAAGUACUGCUACGGCGAGAGUCCACCAGAGCUGCUGCCUGUAUGA